AUGGCGGAUCAGCAAGCCGGUCAGGAACCGGAUGAGUUUGGCGCUCUCCCGGGCGCUGUCUCUGACCUGCGCUCUCGAUUCGAGCAGCUGUCCAAGUCCGAGGGCAGUCGACCUGCCUACAAGUCACAAGCGAGCUCCACGACAGCGAUACCAAAGCAGAAGGAUCUUAGCGCGACACAUACAUUCGGACAGCCGGAGAAGAAGCUUGUCGUAGUCCAGAAUGGCCUACAGAAACCCAAGAAGUCAUCUUCAGUGUCCAACUCGCCGAGGAUCCCAGCAGAAGAUGCGCCUUCCUCGUCGUCGACAACGAACAACGCCGCCGGAUCGAGCUCAUUCAAGCAACCUCGUUCCGGCCCCACCUUGCUCACUGUAGCCGAUCUCGCCUCUCUGUCUACGCCCUCCAGCGCAAACACGUCCGCCACUGAUCUCGGCGCUCUUUUGGUCAAAGACAAGCGCGCGCCUACUACCAGACGAGCAUCGAACUCAGCUAAACCGCUCGCCAUCACCGCGACCAAGUUUGGAGAAACCAUACCGCCUCUAUUGACACCGAGGUCGAGUCGUCCUGCCUCGACAACCGCCUCAGCUUCUGCAUCCGAUACCGAAGGCCCAGCAAAGAUGAAAGUGGCACCCCCACGGCCACCCAAGCCCACUUCUCAUCCUCACGGCGUGCAAAUCUUGGAUGAUGCCGACCUCGAACGUCUAUCCAGAGCCGACUCGACCGCCCGCGUCGCAUCGCUCGCCAACAUGUUCGGUCACCGCACGCAUCAUACAAUCGCCAAUGAUAGAAGCAGCCCCCCUAGCAACUCUGACACCACAAAUGUCAAGCUCAAACCGAAUCGCAUCGCUACGGGCGGCAGUCACUUUCUCAAGUACUCUCGCUCCAACGAGCUCCUCUCUCCCACUGCCGACAAAGGCUCUGAGCCGGCGCAUUCAGUCAAACAGGCUCCGCCAAUAGUCCCACCACGGCCGAUCAAGACAGAUAGCUCCGCCGAGAGCUUGGCCAAUUUACCUGGCUCAAUAGCUGCGGUCAAUUUGGAGACAGACGCGGGCUCGAUUCCCGUCCUUGCCGCACCGGUAGACACUGCUUUCAUCACCUUGUCACCUCCAGACGCGCCACCACCCUUGCCGUCCAGAGAGCCCGCUUCGCCUCAACUCGAUGGGAUACCAGAGCGACGCCGCCUCAGCGCGUCUCUGAGCACGGGUACACUUCCCCUUCUCAGCGUGGCCCUCGCCGCAGACGAGCUGGAAACGCCGCCGCUUCCUGUCCGCAAGCCAUCGGGGAGCGACAGCAAUGCAACUCAGAACGAUGCACCUAUCAUGCCGCCACCGCAACGUAGCACGCCGACAGCGUCCUCCGCAGCUGCGGUGCAUAGAUCUCAGACGGUCACCGCACGGUCAAAGCCGAUCCCAGUAGCUCGGUCCGCUGCCAGGCAUCUGCAGCCCAGUCGAACUCUAUCAACGUAUGAGAUCGAAGCGGCUUCGACACUGCUGCCACCUCCGACACGCAACGCGCGCCUCUCACCCAGCGGCCCGAUCAGUCGCAGCUUUGGCCACCAAAGAUCCACCGACAAUCGACCGAGCACGGACAGCUCUGAUGAAGAAGACGAUACGUACGCCUCCUCGUCCCUGUCACCUUCCUCCUUUUCUCCCUCGUCCUUCUCCGCUUCGCCUUCCAGGUCCACAGCUGGUCUGCGCAGGAUGCACGCUGCAGCAGACAUGACGCCAAGCGGACUGCCCGACACCUCGCACGCCAAUCGCCGCGCGCCCAAAUUCAGUCCGGACUGCUGCACUUCGGCCAAGCAAGCGUUCCAAUGCUUUGCCGUGUGUGGUCCUACGGUGGUGACGGGCAGUGGCGACAAGGUCAAAGUAUACCGCGUCGGCGAGUCGGCCAGCGGUCUGGGGGACAAGCUCUGCACGGUCGGCGAACAUCAGUCCAAGGAAGUCAAGCUGACAGCGCUCGAAUUUCGACCACCGAAUCAUGGCGUCUGUCCGGUUUCUGUCACAGGAAAGCGAGCACAUGGCGAAACAGCGGACGAGGGCAGAUAUCUAUGGUGCGGCACGAAGGAUGGUCACAUCUGGGAGCUCGACAUCGCCGAAGCGGCGGUGGUGCAUUCCCGGCAGAACGUGCAUUCGGAUCCGAUUCAGCUGCUCAAGAGGGUGGGCAACAAGAUGCUCAGUUUGGACGAAGGGGGAAAGAUCUCGAUCUGGCUGCCGAAUGCGAGUACGGAUCCAGCCGUUGCAGGGCUGCGUCUGUCGAACCAGCCCAUCACGCAGCGUAUCGCUAUGGAGAAAGGCUCGCACGCCUCCGUUGUAGGUCAACAGCUGUGGGUCGCAUCGGGGUCAUCGGCGCAGAGCAAGAACGCCAAGGAUCAGACCGCAAGCAAGGGCCCUCGCAUUCGUAUCUACAACCCUUUCGCGGACGACAAGCCGUUCAACGCGCUGUCGAAGGCCGCGACGAUUCCUCCGGAGAUGGGGGAGGGCGUGGGUGCCGUGACUGGCGGUGCGGUCAUCCCCUCUCGCCCCGACUAUGUCUAUUUCGGGCACGAUUCGGGUCACGUCUCAAUCUGGUCGCGACAGACGUACGAGUGCGUUGGUGUGCGCAAGCUCGGUCCGCACGGUCUGACGGCGGUCGCGGGCGUGAUCAAGUAUCUCUGGGUAGCGACUCGAGCGGGAACGAUCUCGGUAUUCGACACGGAGACAGCCCCUUGGCGCGCGCUCAAGAUCUGGACGGCACACAAGGAGCCCAUCACUGCGAUCAAGGCCGACGAGCACGGAAUCGAGAAAGCGGGCCGUCUGCAGGUCGCAUCCGGCGGCCUCGACGCAGCGGUGCAUCUGUGGGACGGCACGCUCUCAUUCGACUGGAUCGAGGCCGAAAAGUCCAAGCGCGAGGCCGAAUUUUGCACCUACCGCAGCAUCAAGACUCUGCAUGUGACGUUCAACAUGGACGCUGCCUCGCCAAACGAUCUCGAGACGUCGGCGGAGAACAUGGAGGUGUUUGGGCAGAUGCUGCGCAACGCAUGCCAGGUUGGAUCGGAUAGUCUACCGGCUGACCGACCGCCGGAUGUAAUCGUGUUUGGUUUCCAAGAGCUCAUCGAUCUCGAGAGCAAGAAGUUGACAGCGAAGAGCCUGCUCUUGGGCGGAGGACGCAAGAAGGGCGCGAACGAUUUGGGCGAUAGGGUCUCGCGCCAGUACCGAAGUUGGUACGACAAGCUGAUCCAGAUCGUGCGAUUUGCGAUGCCGGCCACGUGCGGAUAUCUGUUGGUGCAGUCCGAGAGUUUGGUGGGGCUGUUCACGUGUGUUUUUGUCAAGCAGACCGAGUUCAAGCACGUCCGCGAGCUGGCUAUCAGCACGGUCAAGACGGGGAUGGGGGGCAGGUACGGCAAUAAAGGAGCCGUCAUCGCGCGCUUGGUGGUGCAGGAUACCAGCAUUGCAUUCGUCAACGCCCACCUCGCUGCAGGGCAAAAGCACGUCAAACAGCGCAAUGCGGAUGUAGCGGACAUACUGGAGUACCCAACGGUGUUCGAUGACCCCUACGCCGAUCCGGAAGCGUACGUCGGCGGUGGGGAUGGGAGUAUGGUCCUUGACCACGAACUCGUUUUCUUCUCGGGCGACCUCAACUACCGCAUCGACCACAAUCGAGAUACGGUCCUAUCCGCACUCGCCGCGCGCAAACUUGCCUCCUUGUUGGAUCAAGAUCAACUUCGCAAGGAACUCAAACACAAUCCCGCCUUUCGUCUCGCCGACUUCAGCGAGCCACCCAUCGCCUUCGCCCCGACGUACAAGUACGACCGUGGCAGCUACGACUGGGACACAUCCGACAAAAAUCGCAUUCCCGCCUGGUGCGACCGCGUCCUGUUCAAAAGCGAUAAGCCCGACCGCGUCAAGUGUCUCGAGUACAGGAGAUGGGAGUGCACCAUCAGCGAUCAUCGACCCGUAACCGCCGUGUUCGAGUGCAAGGUGCGCAAGGCCGAUUUUGGCAAGAGACAAAGCGUCGAGGAAGCCGUCAAGGAGGAAUGGAGAGGGUUGGAGAAGAGGCUGUUGGACACGGCGAGGGGUGGAUAUGCUGAUCCGCAGUAG